AUGUCGCGACAGAGAAGGGUGCAUCGCUUCGCCCGUCUGAGGCAGGAAGGGGGCGAGAACACCAUGCCCAGCACCAUGAUCUCCUCCAACACCAGAGCGUCGCGGUCGCGAUACUCGAGCCCCCAGCAGACGCCCCAAGAUCCGAAUGACUCGGCGAAGUCUUCUGUCAAGGACGAGCAAAAAACAUUCAUGCAAAAAUGGUUGGAGCCUGCCGUCCAGAGCAAGGCGAGCUUUCAGGAGGCCGGCUUGGUGCGUCACGGCGUGGUGGAAAAUAUGGCUCCGUUGGGCACCUUGCCCAAGGUGGCCGCGUCUAAGAAACACGGUACGCCGGCGGGACAGGAGCACACACCCAUCCGCAAAAUCAUCUUGAAGCGGCCCGUUGCAGGAGCUGCAAAUUCGCCCUCAACAACUCCGCUCCUGCCCGAAUCUGAGGACGUCACCCCAGCUCUCACCAGGCGCUCAGUUUCUUCUCGGGACGUUGAUGACGACUACGACCCGAAGGGCACCGCUUCUCAUUCAUCAUCUGCGCGACCGAAGGCUGCUAGGAGAAGCGUCGGUCGGCCAAGCACGCAUCGGCUGAGCUCAAACAGUAGUACGCUUCAACAAACCACGGCAAACAGCCCAGCUCGACUUCAAGACAACAAAGAAACCGUCGACAGGGUUGUCGAGGCGGCUGUGGACGAAGCUCUUGAUCAUUUCCGCUAUCCUACUGCCUGGGCUCUGAGGACGCUUUAUGACGAAAACUCAUCAAAUCCUCACUUCGUCUCUAUGAUCGAGCAGGUCUACCAUCAAACAGCAGACCCUGAGACCAUAGAGGAAUUUGCCCGCCUUGUUCACGACAAAAAAAAAGAGGGCAAGGAGGACAAUAAAGGCUGCUACUAUUUUGUGCCCCCAUCAACAAACAGCAGGUUCACUCCACACAAACCCAAACCAGCACCCUACACUGACCUUAUCACUCUCGACGUGUCCAAAUUCAGCACAGAACCUGAGGUGCACCCCAGAAAAAAGGUGAAGCACAGCAGCAGUCUCCAUGAGUCAGCCAGAAAGAUGGCGACAAACGGAAUGAACGGCAUAGCAAACAUGUCUCCAUCACGAAAUCGGGGCCGUGCAGGCUCAGUCGGCAGCGACUCAUCCCUUUCAUCUGCCAAAUCAGUCUCACCGCCACCCGAGGGGAUUGACGAGGAUGAGGAGGACGAUGUCUUUGGUGUUCCUGCGGGUGCUGAACGCACCAGCUCUGCCGAGACCACCAGCUAUGCGUCUGGCCCGGCUGCCCGCCAGCCAAUCGCAGCCCGUCACAGAUCUCGAGCCACUACAAAAAACAACGGGGACGUGUCGGCCACUCCCACACCAACCCUGGAUUCCCCUACCACUGCUCCUCCCCCCACCACCGCAGCUCCAGGCAUGCCUGCUGCCGUGGCAUCACCGCUCUUCCCUAAGCUCUCCAAGAAUAAGGGCAAGCAUCAGGGCGCCGCUUCGGACAUCAAGUUCCCCAGCCGCUUCGGAGUGGCCGAGGACGACGACAGGCAUCAUCGCCUCAGGCGCUUUGCCAGGAGCGUCACCAACACGCCAGGCGCGACUUCCUUGAGUUGGGAACGGCCUCACGUCCAGGAUCCUGAGGUGGAUUCGGAUUUUGAGACGCCAGCCCGUCCCUCUUCUGUGCGACCUCGCGCCUCACUUCCGCCAGGAGGCACACUUAGUGCACGAGCUACGCGUUCGCAGAAGCGAUACCACGAUGAGGUGGAGGAUGAGGUCUCCCCGACGAGCCUUCACUUCCCAGAUGCCGGACCUGGCUCUGAGGUGACUUCUCGAGCUGUCACGCCGCUGCCUCGUGUCGUCAAGAAGCCUAGAACAGGCUUGCGCAUCAAGACUUCUCCCAUGAAGAAGAAGAACGGUCCUUCAGCAGGUAUUCCUCGCGCCAGUGGAGAGCGCACCACUCCGCCUCCCAACGGACAGCCCAACAACCAAGACGAAAACGACGACUACUGCUCGUCGUGCGGUGGUAAUGGCGAGCUUGUCUGCUGCGAUGGCUGCACCCGGUCAUUCCACCUCACAUGUGUGGAUCCGCCUAUGGGCGAGGGACACUUGCCGGACGAAUGGUAUUGCCACGUCUGUUUCAGCCAGCGAUUCCCAACCCGAGUGCCCGAUCACGGCGGCGUGUUUGGCUCUCUUCUCAACAAUCUGGAGAAGAAGAACAGCAGUGCUUUCCGAUUGCCUGCAGAGGUGCGCGACUACUUUGAGAGCGUGAAGACUGGUGCGGAUGGCGAGUACGAAGAGAUCGUCCCGCCCGCAAAACCCAAGAAGAAGGCAGGCGUUGAUGAGGUCCUUGAUUUUUGGAAGGUCCGUGACGCUGAUGGCAAUGCAAUCAUCUGCCACAGCUGUCAGCGCGCCGCUGCGAAGGAUCGGGCUAUCAUGCCCUGCAGCCUCUGCGGUUUGCACUGGCAUCUAGAUUGCUUGGAUCCACCAGCGGCUAAUGCCCCAGUUCCACGUACUUUCCGGUGCCCUGCUCAUGUUGAUGAUCUUCUGGCCAAGAUCCCUGGCUCACUGGGCCCAGCGCACAGGUUCCGCAAGAUCAAGGGUGCUCCCGCCAUCAAGCCAUCUUACAGUCGUGGCUUGAUCAACAAUGGAUGGAUUGAUAUCGAUGGUGAGUCUGAAGAUGAGAGUGGUUGGAAGGAGGUCGAAACUUUUGGCAAGACCUACCGAUUGCCCAGUCAGGGCAUCAAGCUCGACUUCCUCUCCCGAGUUCGUCAACUCAAUCAUACCAAAAUGGAGCGCCCCACAGCUCAUGCUCACGGCGUACCGGUUGCUCGGGCUCCAGUUGCGAUUCCUGUGGAUGCAGCCGAGAUAGAGCGCCAACAGGCCGCUUUAAACAUUGUUCGUUUCAGUGGUGGAGAGCAACCGGCUGUUUCCACACUGAUCAAUGCACUAUUGGACAAUGCUGAUCCCGCCGUGAUCUCUCUGAUUGCGCGUGGCGAUAGUAAUCGAAUCGGAAGCUCGCUCGAGACGGCGGACCGCCAGAGCCUAAAUGCCAUGCUGGAACAUAUAGAAGCGAUGCAAGAGCGCCUCAGAGAGAGACUCUCGUCCGUCACAAGCGCAGCCUCCAAUAUCUCUUCGUCUUCGCAGGAGACAACAGUCAAUGGCACCACGGAUAACACAGCCUCCCAGGCUAUUGACACAGCAACCUCUCCGGACCACGAUAUGAAGAAUGCUGAGGCUGUCGAGGCUGAGCCGAAGGCUGCCACACCGAAUGUCAGCGAUCGUAUUCCGACUCCUGAGAAUUCGGCCGGAUCGAAGGUCGAGGAGAACGCAGACCGUGUCUCCCCAUUUGCUGAAACCACGACUGACGCCGCUGAUCCAAGCAGCUUCACCCCUAAUGUACUCGAGUCGCCUCAAGAUCCUCCCAAGGUCAAUAGUGAUGUUCUUACCCCUGCCGCCACAGAGCCAGACUCAAACGUGGAGACUACUGGCAAUGACGAAGUCCAGGAGCAGACGGUGCCCUUGGACAACGCAAUGGACUUAGACUAG